CUCGUGUCCCAACCACCAAAAAAAAAAAAAUCCUAAAACAAGGAACUUCAUCCCCAAUCUCAAAAACCCAGUUUCCAGAUCUAGGAUUUCUCAAAUCCUUAACAAAUGUACAAUGGAUGAAUUGGAUUUGUCAACCUCACCAAGAAACCUAACAAGGACAUCCUCGAGCAUGAUCGUAAGUGUCAAAUCGAGCUCAAGUUUGUCGUCAUGGAGGGCAAACUCACGGUGCAGGGCUACACCAUGCUGAGAUUGCUGAGAAGCUUCUUGAGGCUAGGAAAAUGUUGGAAGCUACUGCUGCUUCCGAUGAGACCACUUUACUAUGAAAGAUGGAGAUGGAGCCAUUGGCAGAGGUGGAUAAGAGGUUUCAAGGAAAGGAGCCAUUGCGAUCGUGUCAGAGGCAAGCUUGAGGAGAAACGAACCCAGAUCUGGGUUACAAUGAGGAUUCAUUGCCUUGAAACUUGUCUGGGGUCUUCUUUGAUUGUGAAAUGGAUGGUGAAGGGAUUGUGAAACUUGUCAGCUCAUUCUCUUGCUCAUAACUGAUCUCAUCUUCUUCCUCUGCCACCAUCUUUUUCAUGCCAUGAAUACCGUUGCUUCUCCUUAGCAAAUUGGCCAAACGCUUACCCUUCUAGUUCUUGAUCCUCCGUAGCACUGCCUUACUCCAUGCUCUUCUCGAUCUGCUACAAUCCUAAUUCUCC